UUGGUCUUGGAAAAGGCGCUGGACAGAGAGGAGGAGGCGGAGGUGGGUUUCAGCCUCAUUGCCGUGGAUGGAGGCUCUCCGCCCAGGAGCGGGACCACCCAAAUCCACAUUGUCGUGCUAGAUGUAAAUGAUAACGCUCCCAUCUUCACCCAGGAGCUCUACAUUGGGCAGGUUUUGGAAAAUGCAGCGGAGGGCUCUGUGGUUCUCAGCGUGGUGGCAACCGAUGGGGAUGCAGGACCUAAUGGGGAGGUGUCCUAUCAGUUCAGCCAAGCGGUGGGCCAGAGCCACUCAGCAUUUGCAAUCGACCCUGUGACGGGUGAAAUUAGACUCACGAAGCCUCUGGACUUUGAGGCAGCAGAGACUCACGAGCUCAGUGUGCGGGCCACAGAUGGCGGGGGCCUGUCAGCAAUCUGCAAGGUGUUGGUGGAGGUGGUGGAUGUGAAUGACAAUGCGCCGGAGGUGGUGGUCAGUUCCUUCAGCAGCCCCCUCCCCGAGAACGCAUUACCCGGGACAGUGGUCGCCCUCUUUACUGUCAGGGACCGGGAUGCUGGUGCCAACGGGAAGAUCUCCUGUGCCCUUGAGGACCAGCUAUUGUUCUCCCUGCGGCCGGCCUAUAAGAAUUACUAUGAGCUGGUGACCGUGAGCACGCUGGACCGGGAGGAGACGGCACGUUACACCCUCGCUGUCACAGCGGCAGACGCGGGGUCACCUCCUCUCACAACCACCCAGACCUUCACGGUGGACAUCUCCGAUGUCAAUGACAAUGUGCCUGCCUUCAACCAGACAUCGUACACCAUGUACGUGCGUGAGAACAAUGUCCCCACGGUGCUCGUUGGAGCCGUCAGCGCCUCGGAUGCCGACGAGGGGCCCAAUGCCAAGGUGACGUAUUCCCUGGCACCAGCCCACCCUGCAGAGCGGCCUCCCUGCUCCUGCAUCUCCGUGAACUCUGAGAACGGGCAGGUAUUUGUGCUGCGGCCUCUGGACUACGAGCAGGUGAGGCAGAUCGAGGUCUUGGUGAGCGCCUCCGAUGCGGGGACACCUCCCCUUAGCGCCAACGUCACCGUCCGCCUUCUUGUGGUGGACGAGAACGACAAUGCGCCACUGGUGCUGUACCCCUCGCAGGACAGCAGCCCCGCGUCCAGCGAGCUGGUGCCCAAGUCAUCUGAAGCGGGGUACCUCGUCACCAAAGUGGUGGCUGUUGACGCCGACUCGGGGCAGAACUCGUGGCUCUCGUACCACCUGCUGAGGGCCACUGACCCUGGGCUGUUUGCAGUGGGUGCCCAAAGUGGGGAGGUGCGGCUGAGGAGGCCGGUGACAGAGAGGGAUGCUGUGAAGCAGAAGCUCGUCGUCCUGGUGCGAGACAACGGGCAGCCACCGCUGUCAGCCACCGCUGCACUGAGCGCGCUCCUGCUCAAUGACUUCUCAGACGUGCACCUACCACACAGCAGCCUGGCCACGGAGGAUGAGGGUGGCUCCCUGACAACCUAUUUAAUCAUUUCAUUGGUCUUUGUCUCAGUCCUCUUCCUCGCAUCCAUGGCAGCCUUCAUCGCGCGCCAGGUGUGCAAGGGCAAGGAGCUGAAGGGGGGGCACGUGCUUUACGGCACUGGCAACUUGCAGAGUGGCCUGGCUGACGCGGCCGCUGCGGGGACCCUGCCCCACGCCUAUUGCUACGAGAUCAGCCUCACGACGGGCUCGGGCAACAGUGAGUUCAAGUUCCUGAAGCCCAUCCUCCCCAGCCUGCCACCGCAGCACAGCGGCAUGGGCAGGGGCACGGGCGAUGAACAAGAAUUCUCCCGUGGCCCUGUCACCAUGGAGGAUGUGGCACCAGACAACCCAGGGACGCUUUCUGCGGAACAGUUCGAUAGUCUUUCCUUCAACUAG